AUGCUUUUUACAUUGCACCCAGAUCGCGUAGCUGUUUUAGAAGAAAAUGGGGCACUAGUUGAAGAAUUUCCUCUCAAUUUGGUGACUGACCCUUCAGCACAUAUUAGUACAGAUACAAGUGAUCUUUUCAAUAACGUUCUUCUCUUUGUUGUACGUGAGCAUGAUGUGCCAAACAGAAGUGGAGGGGUUGUACCAACAGAAAUGCAUAUCUUUCAGUGUAUUGGUGUUUCUGCCCAAGAAGUGGCAGGAGAUUUACAUCAUUACACGCGUGGUCAUUUUCACAAAGUGAGACCUGGACGGCGCGGUGGCGCCGCCAACUCAGCUUUUGUCGCUUCUCGUUAUGCGCCUUAUCAUGCAUCCGGGCAGAUUGAAAGGGGAAAUGGUUAUCCCAAUGGUAGCCAUCUAAAUCGUGAUGAUUUAUCAGGAGAGUCAGACAGUACAGAAUUUUUUGAAAUGGACAACACAUUAAAUCGAUGCUUUGAUGACAUUGAACGUUUUGUUGUUCGAAUUCAAUCUGCAGCAAUUGCACAGCGGGAAUUAGAAUUACAACAACGGAGUAAUAGUAAAAAGAAGGGAAGAAAAAAAUCUGAUAUCAAACUUGCACAACAAAACAGUAUUUUACAACUUCGAGCUCAGAUUCCUUCUUAUGGGGAGUUUACAGAGAUUUUUCGAAAAUUUAAAUUAUGCUUCAAUCUUUUGGCUAAAUUGAAAAAUCACAUUCAUGAGCCAAGUGCGCCUGAACUUUUACAUUUUCUUUUUACUCCGUUGACUGUAAUUUUGGAUGCUUGUCAAUGGGGACUUGGGCAACAAGUUGCUCAACAAGUUUAUAGUCCUUUACUUUCCUUGGAGACAUGUGAAUUGCUUCGAAACUAUUUAUUUCCGAAGGAGAUGGAUGUGUGGAAUGCCUUAGGGAAGGCUUGGAAUACUGCGCCUGAAGAUUGGGUUGGUCAGUUGCCUCCACCCUAUCGUCCAUUGUUUCUCGAUGGGUUUGCUCCAUACGGACAUCCAGAACAAACAGGAGGACUUGAACAUUCAAACUGGGACAACUUGAGUAAUGGCUCGCCAGCAACUAGUUAUCCUCAACAUCAUUUGCGUUACGGUGGGUCCGUUCCAGCACCAAUCCAUCGAGGUGUAUCUGCACCAGUUCCAUCUAGAGAAUUUCAUUCCUCCGUUGCAAAUGGCGGAGGAGGUUAUUUUUCUCCUCCGAGCACAAGAAGUAAUGACAAUAAUGCUUCAUUGGCCAAUCUUGCUGCAAAACUUGACAGUGUAAGAGUUAAUGAUGAGAUUGAAUUAGCUCGUAUAAAUUUGGAGAAAGAACGUCUUGAAUUUGAAAGACGGAAGGUUCUGGAUAAGGAACGUCAGCUUCUAGAACAAGAACAACGGCUUCGUGAUGAAGCUGAACGACUGGAUGAAGAGAGGCGUAAUUUGCACCGAGAAAGUGAGAAACGCUCAAUUGCCGAAUCCGAUAGACCUGAUUUUUAUAGAGGAAUCCCGUCUAUGCAUGCAAGCCCUCGUUUGGAUCGCCAUUCAGGCUCUAUUCAAAUACUUCCCAGUGAAAAUAAUCGUCAACAUACUCUGGCCCCAGCAACUCCUCCAUCCAAUCUUUCUGGAAAUACAACAUUUGAUGGAAGUAGUAAUAUUAAUAUAAGUAGUGGCAGUCCACGACUUUCAAAUUCUAAUUCUAUGCAGUUGUUGGAGCAAAAUUCUCCUCGACAAAAGGCUUUCCUUGAUGAAUUAUCAAGACGGGGAAGUAAAGUUGUUCAAGUUACUUAUGAUAGAAAUGCAUGCAAUUCUAAAGAAUUAACUGUAUCUAGAGGUGAAUAUUUGGAGGUCCUCAACGACUCUCGUAACUGGUGGGAAUGUAGAAAUGUCCACAGUCGUUCUGGAUUUGUGCCUCAUACAAUUCUUUCUUUGCUUGCAUUCGAGGACUGGGAUCAGCAAAGUGAUGAAAUUGAUGAUUCCUUGAAUGCGCGGAUUGUUGUUGACAAUAAUCGAUCUACUAACAAUCAACAUCUACAACAUAAACAAAGAACGCAACGCUUCUCAACACCUGGUUCAGCAGCUACAGGUCCUUCACAUUCUUCUUCAUCUAACUCUAGUACUCCAGACUUAAUUCGCCAGCGGACAGGUCCUAAAGGGGAGUUUCGUUACUUUUAA